AUGUUCAUAUUACGGUACUCCAUCCUAGUACUCUAUGUCGGACUCAUUGGCCUAGUUGAGUGCGGCAAGGACUACUACAAGAUCUUGGGGAUACCCAGAAGCGCCAGUGAGAGUCAGAUCAAAGGAGCAUAUCGUAAAGCGGCUCUGAAGUGGCAUCCGGAUAAGAAUACUGAUAAUAAAGAAGAGGCCGAGAAGAAGUUUUACGAUAUUUCUGAGGCUUACGAAGCUCUCUCGGAUCCAGAAAAGCGGAAGAUCUAUGACCAGUUCG